GUCAGAAAAUGAAGUUGGAACACGGCGGUGUAGCGUGGCGUGCUCGUUAAUGAAUUUCAUUAUUUUCCGUCUUAAUGAAGUAACAAGUUUAAAGGUUCGGGGUUCCGAACAACUUCUCGUAGCCGCAAAUAUAUAGUCAAUCAUAACGCGUCCUGCGAUCAUUAUACACGUUACUAUCUCAUAGGCAGUACGCCUCACCUCCCUUCGGAAUAUUGACGUUUUGUCAUCAGUGAUAUAACGAUAAUCGGUAUCGCGGUAUUUUUUAGGUUAAAAUCAUCUUACCUGUGAUUAGCGAGACUUUCUAAGUAACUUUGCGCAGUGCCUGCUCGUUUCAGUGAAAGAUUUAGACUAAUUUAUAUACAAUAAUGGAGUCUAAAAUAACUUUUAAUUAUAACUUGGAUGUUAAGCCGAAUUAUUCGUACAUUUUCGAAUUUGAAAAUGAGUUUCAACAUAAUAAGCAUAGGCAGUGGAUGACAGAAAAUUGGACUGUGGCUUUUUAUUAUGUGGGAAUAUACAUGGCUUUUAUUUUCGGGGGUCAGUACUAUAUGCAGAACCGACCUAGGUUUGAGCUCCGGCGCACCCUGAUGGUGUGGAACUCCGCCCUAGCCGCCUUCAGUGUGAUGGGUGCUUGCCGGACGCUGCCUGAAUUCUUGCACGUGCUAAGAAACUAUGGUCUAUAUCACUCCAUCUGUGUGCCAAGUUUCAUCGAAGUGGAUCGCGUGGCCGGCUUCUGGACGUACAUGUUUGUGUUGUCCAAGUUGCCGGAGCUCGGUGACACUGUGUUCAUAGUGCUCCGUAAGAAACCCCUCAUCUUCCUUCACUGGUACCACCACAUAACGGUACUCCUGUACACGUGGUACUCGUUCACCGAGUACACAUCGUCGGCGCGCUGGUUCGUCGUCAUGAACUACUGCGUGCACAGUGUGAUGUACUCUUACUACGCGUUGGUGAGCAUGGGAAAGUACCCGCCGCGUUCCUUGGCCAUGUUGAUCACGGUGCUGCAGCUCACGCAGAUGAUCGUGGGGUGCGCCAUAAACAUGUGGGCCGCCAACUACAUCGCCACUGCUCCGCCACACUCCUGUCACAUCAGUAACAUCAAUCUAAAACUAUCUACGGCCAUGUAUUUUUCAUACUUCGUCUUGUUCGCCCAAUUCUUCUACAAGGCCUACCUCUCGCCGAAGACGAACAAGAAAGCCAAAGUAGAACCGACGCCCGAAGUUUCGCGCGUAGAAAAGAUGCAGUAUGACGCGUAUCCGAGACAGAGGAACGGCGUCGUCGCCCACUAGUCGUGUUGUGAUAGUUAUAGCGAGUAGUGUACGGGUCAUGGCUGUGGGCUGGGCUGGUUCGACGCCGUUUCAUUGCGGUACACGAAACACCUUAGACUCGAUCGGGCUGGACGAAUGAUUUUCGAUCUUAAUGCGUUAUUAGUUAGGUCCGAUUGCGAUUACGUUUGAUUGGGGCGAGUUUUAUACUCGGCGUUGUCAAACUCACCCCCACAUAUACAUGUCCCAGUUUCUACGUUUUCUUAUUUAUUUUCUGUUGUAGUAAUAAUAUAAAAUAAAAACUUAAAUCAGACAGUGUGACUAACGCCUAAUGUUCCCUUUCUUAGGGACGAAUUUGACACUUGGUGCGUGUUCACUUAUAUCAUUCCGUAAUCGAUCUCGGAUCCAUGUUGUCAAUUUAAGGUCGAUCGAUGUAAACAAAACUACAUCACAUUGUAAUUAGCACAGCUAUUUAUACUACACAAGGCGAUUAAUUAUUAUCUGCGUUAUAAUAGAUGCGAUAGGUUGCAAAUUGGAUAAUUAUCGAAUCAAUAGUAGGUAAUCGUAAUUAAUUGAUGUGUCCGAUUCUACUCAUCUGGCUUGCGUUGGAGAUUCUAUUUGUUUUUUUAAAGUGUAUUUAAAAUUCAUCCGACCAGUUUUUUGAUCAGUUGCUCGGCUGUGCGGAGACACCGAUUUGCGUCGUUGUUUUAUAUUAAUAUUCAUAAACUGGUAUCGUAAAAAAUCAUGUUACAUAAUAUUGUUUUGUUAUAUUUUCAAACGCACUAUGCUUAAAUGGAACAACUUUACACGGUUUUAAAAUAUAAGAUAUCUUAUGUGAAACCGGAACCUGUGAAGGGUCCGAAACUUCAAUAAAACUAAAUACGAACGCGAUGAAACCGUUUAGUAGUUGAUUUAUCAAGUUAAAUAAUGUCGAACUCAUUUUUUUCUAUUGCCAAUUUAUCUUUUAUUACUUUUAAUCAGCAUUGGAACAGUUUUUCAUGCAUUUUAUUACGUAUCGAGCCUGACGUUCACGUCGCAACGAGAAACCAGAUGAAGCUAUAUUCUGGUUGAUUUAUUAACUAAUGACCUUAAAUUAGACCUUCCGACAGAUAUUCUAAGGUUAGUUUUCGAUUGAUACGGCUUGAGCCAAUGCCCCUUGGACGCUUACAUUCCAAGUGCGCAUACCCGCGACCCUCGACGGGACAGUUUCCAUACGAAUUUUGUCACUACCACCAAUUUCCAUAAGGUUAUUUUUUUACGUAAGGCUAAUUUUGUAGGCAUUUUGCUAUGGUUGCCAUGUUUCAAGAAAGCAAUUAAAGACAAUUGUCUUAGACAUCUUAUUGAUACACAACCGCUGUUUCUAACACACUGUACUGUACACUUUAUAUCGGAUAAUUAUCUGGUCGGUAUUUUUUAUAAUGUAUCCAAAUCAGCAGUUUUAAUUUAAUUUUAUAAAUAUUGAAUGUGGGUAGAGACGCGGGACAGUAUAAUUAAAAUUAUGAGAUGUGGCAACCCUCGUUUCUUGCUAUAAUAUUUAUUUUAACAAAACUUGUGCUGGAGACGGUGCCGUCGAGUUUGAUGUGGGUCCCACUAGAGGAUUUGUUAGGUACCGAAGUCUUCUCCGAAAUACAACUUGGAAGUACGUUUAUUCUAAAAAUAGCUGAUUUCAAGUUCAUCGCUGCACAUGUAUUUCAUGUUUGUGUUAGUUUCUCAGUAAUAUAAAUACUUCUAAGAUUUUAAUUGUUAAUGCGCUGAUUUUACACCUUGCCAAUAUACCCUUUAAAUUAGACAUUUGACAGGGUGUCAUUUGAUUUACGCAGUACGCGAUUUAUGUAAUAUUUAUCUGUAUAUUUAUCGUUUACUACAUAAGUCAAAAAAACGAACUGUUAAUUGUUUCUAAAGAAAGAAAGAAAUUUUAUAGUAUGCAUUAUAGAUAUUUUUUGUAAUAUCCAUGAUUAGCGCCAUCUUUAACAUAAGUAGAGUACUAGAUUGGCGUUCUCUUUGACGCCAUCGAAUAUGUCAUAAAGUCCUGUAUUUCUUGGGCUGGCAGUGUGAUCGUUAUGUUGUUUUUAGAAUUUAUAUUUCAAUGUUUAAUUGAAUAUAUUACGAGCCCUUCCAUUUAUCGUACACUUAUUUCAAUUAAAUGUUGAAAAUUAAACUAUAUAACAUUAAAUAUAAAGCUUUGAUUUUAAUGCUAUUUACUGUGAAUAAUUAAAUAGUUUCUAAUAGUUCAGAUAUUGUUAUAUUUAAAUU